AUGUGUGGAAGAACGGCCUGUGCCUUGGAGCCGAGCACGAUAUGUGCCAAAUGCCAACUUUGUCUUCGUAACGGCAAAGAGAUAGGACAACCUAGCUGGCACAAUGCUCCUGGUGGCCAAAAGUAUAAUCCAUCUUAUAAUAUAUCUCCAGGGUCAUUCACACCAGUGCUAGUUUCCAGCCGGUUCAUUGAUGUAGACGACCAUGGCCACUCACUUCAGGUGAUGCGUUGGGGAUUGAUUCCUGCAUUUAUUCACGGGGACACGAAUUCCACUUUUCACACCUUCAAUGCUCGUAUUGAAUCAUUAUUAGAUAAACGUUCUUAUAAGUGCUCGUUACAAGAAGGCAAACGAUGUGUAGUUGUAGUUCAAGGAUUUUAUGAAUGGAAAGUUGGAGUCAAGAAAAAACAACCGUUUUAUUUUUGCCCUGCAGAUCCUGAAAAGUUACUUAUGAUGGCAGGAUUAUUCGCUUAUAAUUUUGAGAAACAGAUUUAUUCAUACACCAUAGUAACCACAAGUUCAAAGGGUAUCAUGGCAGAUGUGCAUACAAGAAUGCCUAUUAUUAUGGAUAAUGACGAUGACGUUUAUGAGUGGCUAAAUCCAGCUGAAUCUGAUUACAAACAGGCAUAUGGAUUCCUCACAGAUCUUGCGCACAAUUUGGAUAAUGUAUCUAUUAUUAAAUAUCCCGUCUCAUCUCAGGUCAAUAAUUCCACAUAUAACGAGCCUAAUUGUAUUAAACCGAUAAGCGAAGAAGAAGAAUGCAAGAUAAUCGCUAAAUCUCAUGGUAGCUCAAGUAUAAUGAUGCAAUUUCUCAAGCGUUCGAAUAAAGACAAUUCAUGA